AUCCCGGAGCGGUGGGAGUUGGGCAGCGUCUCCUUUCCCCAGUCCCGGCUCGGCCUCCCCGCUCCGCCAUGUCCGCGCCCGGCAGCGGCGGCGAGUUCGGGAACCCGCUGCGCAAGUUCAAGCUGGUGUUCCUGGGCGAGCAGAGCGUUGGGAAGACAUCUCUGAUCACCAGGUUUAUGUAUGACAGUUUUGACAAUACUUAUCAGGCAACCAUUGGAAUUGAUUUCCUGUCAAAGACAAUGUAUCUAGAAGACCGCACGAUCAGGCUGCAGCUGUGGGACACAGCCGGCCAGGAGAGGUUCCGCAGCCUCAUUCCCAGCUACAUCCGUGACUCUGCUGCAGCUGUCGUUGUCUUUGACAUUACAAAUCUGAACUCGUUCCAGCAAACCUCCAAGUGGAUUGAUGAUGUGCGAACAGAGAGAGGAAGUGAUGUCAUCAUCAUGUUGGUGGGGAAUAAAACUGACCUGGCAGACAAGAGACAGGUUUCUAUAGAGGAGGGCGAGAGAAAGGCCCAAGAACUGAAUGUGAUGUAUAUUGAAACCAGUGCUAAAGCAGGAUAUAAUAUGAAACAGCUUUUCCGCCGUGUGGCUGCUGCCUUACCUGGGAUGGACAGCACACCUGAGAAGAGCAAAGAAGACAUGAUUGACAUCAAGCUAGAGAAACCUCCUGAGCAGCCAGUAACGGAGAGCGGCUGUUCCUGCUAAAGUGCCCGUUGUAUAGCAACACUUUCCCUGAUUGGCCAGUCUCACCGAAGAGCAUCACUUCUCAUUGGCUAGGCAAACCUACUUUUUGUGAACUGAAGAAACAGCUAAUCAAUCUACUAAGUCAGCGAGCUCCCUGUUAGCUGGUGGGGAACAGCCCUGGCUGCCCCUCCUAUUGCAUGGUAUGAGCCCUGAGUGCAGAAUGAAUGUCAUGUCGUCCUCUUUUAGUAGUGCACUUUGGCACCCCGGUGCCCUUUACUCCAUCCCACACCUUGGGCCUAUCUGCACAGGUGUAUUUUUCUGUGAAUGCAACAAAAAAGCUGCCACGUUAGGGAAAACAAAAAUAAAGCUGGGGGUUGGUUCUCCACCUCCCUAAUUGCCUUGCA